UUGAUGUGCAGUUGUGACUGUCAUUUCCAUUCAAGAAGACCCUCAGGCAGAAAAAAGGACUCAUGCUUUUGUUGAAAUCUGUGGAAUUUUUGGACUGAUAGACCUGGACAUGGAGGCACAGGACUGCUCAGCUGAGGAGUAUUUUGUGCAGAGAAAAGUAUUGGAUGAGUUAAGUCUGGAUGAAGUGGCCCAAAAAGGGACCUGGUCCACUAAACCAACUGUGGGUGAACAGGUGAAGGAGGCCCUGAGGUGUUCUGUUCCUAGACUGAAGCAAACAGUGCAGAAAUGGAUCCCUGUUCUCAGUUGGCUACCUCGCUACUCCUUCAGAGAAAAUGCCAUAGGGGACCUGGUCUCCGGUUGCAGCGUGGGCAUCAUGCAUCUGCCACAGGGCAUGGCAUACGCUCUUUUGGCUUCCCUACGCCCGGUGUUUGGCCUUUAUACCUCCCUCUUCCCAGUGCUGGUCUACUUCAUCUUUGGGACUUCCAGACACAUCUCCAUAGGUACGUUUGCUGUGAUCAGCAUCAUGAUUGGGAGUGUGACCGAGAGGCUGGCACCAGACAGUAACUUUAUUGUCAAUGGGACUAACAGCACAGGAAGUGUGGACAUUGAUGCACGUGACGCACACAGAGUACAGAUAGCGUGUUCUCUCACUGUCUUGGCAGGAAUCUUUCAGAUACUGUUAGGAUUGGUCAAGUUUGGUUUUGUGGUCACCUACCUGUCUGAGCCUCUGGUUCGAGGCUAUACCACAGGAUCAGCAUGUCAUGUAUGUGUGUCCCAGCUGAAGUACCUGUUUGGAGUCACACCGACUCGCUUCAGUGGUCCCCUCGCCCUUAUUUAUACUCUAGUGGAUAUCUGCAGGCUGCUCCCUGAAACUAAAGUUCCAGAGCUGGUGGUGAGCCUGGUGGCGCUCUCUGUUCUCAUUGUAGUUAAAGAAGUCAAUGCCUGCUACAGACAGAAGCUGCCUCUACCAAUCCCGAUAGAACUCAUUGUGAUCAUAGCAGCAACAAUCAUCACCCACUUCUGUGGCCUUCCGGACACAUACAAUAUUGACGUGGUUGGAGAGAUUCCCAGUGGCCUCAAGCCACCCCGUGCUCCAGAUUCCACAUUGUUCUCAAAGGUGAUAGGCGAUGCAUUUGCAGUGGCCAUUGUUGGAUACGCCAUCAACAUUUCCCUUGGCAAAACAUUCGCCCUCAAACAUGGCUACAAGGUGGAUAGCAACCAGGAGUUGAUUGCUUUGGGUCUUAGUAACACUGUUGGCAGCUUUUUUCAGUGUUACUCUGUGACUUCCUCCUUGUCUCGCAGCCUUGUGCAGGAGAGCACAGGGGGCAAAACACAAGUUGCAGGAUUGGUUUCAUCCAUCAUCGUGUUAGUCACGAUUCUGAAACUAGGUUCUCUCUUUGAAGAUCUUCCCAAGGCUGUCUUAUCUACAAUAGUGUUUGUGAAUUUGAAAGGAAUGUUCAUGCAGUUCAUGGACCUGCCCAUGCUGUGGAAGACCAACAAGGUUGAUCUGCUGGUGUGGCUGGUAACAUUCACAAGCACCAUCCUGCUAAAUCUAGACCUUGGGCUGGCUGUCUCCAUCGGUUUCUCCAUGCUCACUGUCAUCUUCAGAACACAACUCCCCCGCUACUCUAUCUUGGGCCAGGUGUCAGGCACUGACCUCUAUCUAGACAUAGACAGCUACAGGGAGGCUAAAGAGAUUCCAGGAAUUAAAAUUUUCCGUUCAUCAACGACUAUCUACUACACAAAUGCUGAGAUGUACUUGGAGGCCCUGCAAGAAAAGAGUGGAAUUGAUGUCGGGAAGCUACUGAUGGCGAAGAAGAAAAAAGACACAAAGCUGAAGCGUGAACAAGAGGAAGCUCAAAAGAAAGCUAAAAAGGAGGCAAAGAGACAAAAAAAAGCAGUCAGCCACCUGUCCAAUGGCACGUUCUCUUUGAAGGAGGAGAAAGACUCUGCUGGACAAAAAGGACAGAGUCAAGAAAGUGGUGUGGCCUUAAGCACCACACUCUCAUCUGAAAAUGGCCUAGGUAAAGGUCAAGAAAACUUGGCCUACCGACACGAUACUGAGUCGGACUCAGAUUCAGAAACAGGUUGCAAUAAAAGCAUCACCCAGGCAUCACACGACUGUGAUGACGAAAGGGGAAAGGCCUGCGGUUCAUGCACACACAGCAUCAUCUUGGACAUUUCAACAACCAGCUUCGUGGACACAGUCACUGUGAAGACCUUGAAAAAUAUAUUUAGGGACUUUGGAGAGAUUGACGCAGAAGUCUAUCUCGCAGGCUGCCAAGCCUGUGUCGUGGAGCAGCUGGAUACGGCAGGUUUCUUCUCAGAGUCCAUCCCAAAGAGCAGGCUGUUUGUCACAGUGCACGAUGCAGUGCUUCACAUUCUCAAGAGACUGAGGCGGACAGACUUUGUCCUUGACGUGCCUUGCAGCACUAAGCUGUGACCAGCAGGGGUCGUACUGUUCCAAUUCUCUCCAUCCUCCACUCAAGACUGCUGGCUGUUUCAUUGGUCGCUAUUGGCAGUCAUUGUCUCCUCCCCGUUCAGUGGGGGAAGAAUGCACCACCUUGACAUGGCGGCUGGUUGCCAUGGCAAUGCAGGGAGCCAUCACUGUGGCAACGGGCUUUUUAUGAUAUCGUCUAAUGAGAUAGCCAGCGGUACGUCAUUGCAGCGCUCUCCUCCGUGGUGUGCGAGAGAGACAGAGAAGGGGCGGGGGUAGAGUGGGAGAAUGUAACACUGGACUAAUAGGAGUUUGUAUUUUUAGCCUGAGUGAGAGAGUAGAGAGAGCGAAAGGUUGACUGUAAGGAGAAACUCAUGUGUGAGAGGUGUGUACGGGCUUGUGUCUGCGUGUCAAUCUAUAUAUUCCUGCAGUCUGCCCUCCUGUUAAUCCAAAUGUCUUCCAUAAUGUACCAUGAAAUGUAAAUAUUUGUCACUGAUAAGGCCUGGAUGUUACCUCUAUCAAGGGUUCCUAGCCCCCUUCCACGGAUCUACACUAGAAGUAUGUACGGAUAAACUGAAUUUAUAAGCUAUUUAUGUAUAUUGUAUUAUAUUUCAAACAGGCAGCAGCUUUGAACAGGCCGUGGGCGUAUUUAUCGUUGGUAUUCACACGUCUGAUUCCUCAGACAUCUCCUAUUUCCAGAUAGUGUCAUGUUAUCAUCUGCUAUCAUAACUGUCAUAAGCUAAAACUGUAUUGUGAUAAAAGCCAUGUAUCUGUCCUGAAUAUAUUUAGAUAGCCUUUUCAAAUUUUAAAUCAAAAAACCGUACUAAAGAUCUACCCGAAAGGCCCAUAUAUGGUUUUCCUAAUAGUAGUAGCUUGUAGAUGUUUGAACAAGGUGACCACAACAGAUGCCAACCUCCAGAAAUGAAUGAUCUACUCGCAGGAGCCACUGAAAUGUGUGUCAGUGAUCCUGAAAUGAUCGGCUCCCUGGAUUAACCACUCCUAUGUAAACAGUGUCAAGUGUUGUAAAUUACAGAACACACAUCUCCUUCAGUGCUUAUAACUCAGGUUUGUGCUACUAGACUGAUCAUGAUCUAGUUUUCUGAGAGAUGUUGGACUAAUUAAUUCUUUUUUUUUUUUUUUAUCCAGGUAUAGAGGUACAUAUUUUAUUUUUUUAAUUUGUAAUGUGACUGAACCAGAAUAUUUUUUUGAACAUAUCUCAAGUAAGUUUUGCAAAUAAAGUAUAAAUGUGACCAUGUAAAUAAAGAGUCAUAAAUACACAUUG